GUGGGGAGCGGCGGCGGGAGGCGGCGGUCAAAAUUUAUCUGUUUCACUCAAAUUAGUGUCAUUUUAACCAUCCAAUAGAAGAGAAAUAUGAUGCCAAACAGAAGUAACCUCUCCUCCUUCCAGAAUGUUGGAUCAGAUUCCAGCAAGAUUAUGGCAGACUAUAGCCACUCACAGAACCAGAUGGAGUUACAAAAUGCUAAUUUGGGAAAGGGUUCUGUGUCAAAUUCCCCUGAAAGUAGUCUCCAAGAUAUUAUGGAAAACCUCAACACAAAGAAAUAUUCAUCAACUCUUAAAUUUAAAACAAAUGGGGACUAUGCUGGCUCUUAUUUAACCCUUUCACAACCUAUGCCAAUUAAGCCUAAUCCUUCCACCAGUGUUAAAAAUAUGCACUCUAUUAACAAAAUUCAAGGAGGGAAGCAGUUCCCCUGUGAAAGCCCAUAUCAUACAGAUAAAAGUAUCUCUGCAAAGCAUUUGAGUUCCAUAUCAGGCAUGUCUCCAUCCCUCAGUGGGUAUAGUUCUGGAAGGGCAGAUUUUGACAUUUAUGCCAGCAGAGAAAAUGAAAAAUCCCUUGGACACAUGGAAAAGUUUCACUACUCAAAGUACAGUCAGAGAAAUAAAUCUUAUGACAACAUCUACUUCCCAGGAAUGCUGGAAUCCAAGAAGAUCUCAGGCUCUCUUCUGACUAUGUGGAAUGGAAGCUCAGGGAAUGAGCUGAUGCUUUCACCUGGUAGCAAUUCUGGGGCAGCCAGCAUGCCUUCCAGCCCAAAGCAAGGCAGGAGGAUGAAUGCUGAAAACAGUCUGGCCCUUCACAUAAAACCAGUGAAGUACAAGGAUGAGCUGAUGGAAACUCUGGGUUCACGGCCAAGGAAAUACUCUGGUGGAUCUCUAAGUCAUAUGGGAAUGUACAGUCGUUCCCUACCCAGACUUUAUAAAUCAACAGAAAACCAGCUGGUGCCAUUUUUGCCCCCCAGAAGCUCUCUGGGUAAUAGUAAAAGGAAAAAACUUGGAGAAAAAGAUCUAUCUCAGAAUGCUUUCGAUGCUGAUAAUUACCUGAAUUUUUCUUCUUGCAGCUCAGGGGUUUCACCACAUGUAAACUCUGUCUCCAGGAGUAAUCCUUAUGUCAGUUCAACUCUCAGUGUUCCUGCAAGCCCUCGUAUUGCUAAAAAAAUGCUUUUAGCACCUUCUUCCCCAUAUCUCCCUGAUGAUUUUGACAGACUUGGACUCUCAGGAACAAGUCCCAGUAGUUCUUUCUCCCCAGUGGAUUUUGACAGGUCAUUCUCUGUCCGAAGAAACCUUUCCACCAGUUCCAUGGAACUUGAUGACCCAGAUCUGGAAAGUUACAGACAGACGCCAAAUUCUCUGCAAACAUCCAUGCAAGAGCGGAAGAACAGCAUUAGCUCGGUUUCAGGAAGGGAAGACCUCAUGGACUAUCACAGGAGGCAGAGAGAAGAGCGACUUCGGGAGCAGGAGAUGGAACGGCUGGAACGACAGCGGCUUGAGACCAUCCUCAAUCUGUGUGCAGAAUAUUCCAAAUCUGACAACGAUCCUGCUGCAGCCACUACAGUUGCUGAUGUUCAGAAAAUUAACAAAGAGCUCGAAAAACUUCAACUCUCUGAUGAGGAUUCCGUGUUUGAAGACUCACAGAUGAAUCUGGAAAUGAGGUUCAGAAGCCACUUGAAAUCAUCUGCGAGUGACUCUGAUUUCUCAGAGCUGAGCAGCCACAGCCGUGGCACUGCUGCUUACCUGCCCUUGCGGGGGCUGCGGGCUGAGGAGCACUUCAGUGAGAGCACCAAGCCUCCACCUUUCGCUGCUCACAGCUUCCUCAAGGAUGCCACUGAGUCAUCCUACCUAAGCAUCACACCAAAGUUGCAGAUAUCAGAAUGCACCAGUGAAGAGCAGAGAAGGCAGGAGCUUGGUCAACUGGAGGAGGAACGCAUAGUAAUACUGAAUAACUUGGAAGAACUUGAGCAGAAGAUCAAAGAUUUAAAUGACCAGAUGGAUGAAUCCUCAAGAGAGUUGGAUAUGGAAUGUGCCCUUUUGGAUGGGGAGCAGAAAUCUGAAACAACAGAGCUGCUGAAAGAAAAGGAAAUAUUGGAUCAUCUAAACAGGAAAAUAGCUGAACUGGAGAGAAAUGUUAUUGGUGAAAAGACAAAGGAAAAAUUAAAACUUGAUGCUGAGAGGGAAAAACUAGAGAGGCUUCAGGAGCUUUACUCCGAGCAGAAGACGCAGCUUGAUAAUUGCCCUGAAUCCAUGAGGGAACACUUACAGCAACAGCUGAAGAGGGAUGCUGAUAUUCUGGACAUAGAAAGCAAACACUUUGAAGAUUUAGAAUUUCAGCAGCUUGAACAUGAAAGCAGGUUAGAUGAAGAGAAGGAAAAUCUGACACAACAGCUCCUGCAUGAAGUUGCUGAAUAUCAGCGCAGCAUUGUCAGUAGAAAGGAAAAGGUUUCUGCUCUCAAAAAACAAGCCAAUCAUAUUGUCCAACAAGCACAAAGAGAACAAGAUCAUUUUGUAAAAGAGAAAAACAACUUAAUAAUGAUGCUGCAAAGGGAAAAAGAAAAUCUCUGUAAUCUGGAAAAGAAAUAUUCCACACUUUCUGGAGAAGAAGGAUUUCCUGUCAGUCCCAAUAGUCUGAAAGAGGGCUAUAUCUGUGUAAGUGAAAUUAGUGAGCUGUAUGGCAAUUCCACGAAUAUAUCCCCUUCCACUCAGACCCCCUCAGAUGUUGAAGCAGUUGCCACUGAGCCUUCCACGGCUGUGCUGACGAGCCAGCCACAAAAUAAAGAGCUAAGAUCACCUCUCUGUUCUGGAUUUGUGUUUCCUCAUUCUCUUUCUCCUCGCUCUAUUGCUCAACUUCCAUCAGUCCAUUGGCCUGAGGUCAUGGCUACUCAUGUAGAUCCUAUUCCUUUAUCUGAUACACCACCACCUCUGCCAGCUAAGAAACACUGCAGGGAACAACAGCAUUUCAGAAGCCUGGAGGAGCGCAAGAAGCAGCACAGGGAGGGCACGUACCUGAGCGAUACUCUGCCCCGCAAGAAAACAACCCCAUCCAUGUCUCCCCACUUCAACAGCGCCACGCUGGGACGCAACAUUGCAAACAAAGGACAUUUACCAUUAGGACAGAGCAACAGCUGUGGCAGUGUACUUCCUCACUGCCUGGCAACCAUGACCAAAGAGUUGGAGUCAAGAAGGAUGCACAAAGGGUAUAACCAUCAGCGUAUCUGUGAAAACCAAAGGCAGAAGUCUCCAGAAUUUUACAGCAGAACAGCAUCAGAAUCCAAUGUGUACUUGAACAGUUUCCGUUACCCAGAUCGUAGUUACAAGGACCAUGCCUUUGACACGUUAAGCUUAGACAGCUCUGACAGUAUGGAGACAAGCAUCUCAGCAUGCUCACCAGAUAACAUUUCCAGUGCUAGCACUUCAAAUGUUGCAAGAAUAGAGGAGAUGGAGAGACUUCUCAAACAAGCACAUGCUGAAAAGACUCGGCUGCUUGAGACCAGAGAACGGGAGAUGGAAGCUAAGAAACGAGCUCUGGAAGAAGAAAAACGCCGCAGGGAGCAACUGGAGAAAAGAUUGGAGGAAGAAACAAGCCAGAGGCAAAAAUUAAUUGAAAAAGAAGUCAAAAUACGUGAGAAACAAAGAGCACAGGCCCGUCCCUUGACUCGCUAUUUGCCCAUUAGAAAGGAAGACUUCGACCUACGAAGUCACAUUGAAACAGCUGGGCACAACAUAGAGACCUGUUACCACAUUUCUCUCACUGAGAAAACCUGCCGAGGCUUUCUGAUUAAAAUGGGAGGGAAAAUUAAAACAUGGAAAAAACGGUGGUUUGUUUUUGACAGAAACAAGAGAACAUUUACUUAUUAUGCAGACAAACACGAAACUAAAUUAAAAGGUGUAAUAUAUUUUCAAGCUAUUGAAGAAGUCUAUUAUGAUCAUCUAAAGAAUGCAUAUAAGAGUCCCAACCCGCUGCUGACUUUCAGUGUUAAGACCCAUGACCGCAUCUACUACAUGGUUGCUCCUUCUCCAGAAGCCAUGAGGAUAUGGAUGGAUGUCAUUGUUACAGGCGCAGAAGGCUACACCCACUUCAUGUUAUAAUAAAAGGGAGCAAUAGGGCAUCCUGCAAUAACAUAAAUAAUGAAGUUAGCCAUAGCUAGUGACAGCUGAAAAGUCAGUGAAUACCCUGAAAUGUCCUCCUUAUGAUGUGCACCCUAAAAACUCAGAUUGAGAGGGGGUUACAAAUGCAUGGAAAAGGGGGGGGUUGUUAUCUGUUGUAAUGAUCUUUAUAGGAAUGAACGAGCUAAAGCUGUUGAGAGAAUCAUAGUGCUCCAAAAUGGAUAAUCAGGCAAUUUUAAUUACAGAAUCUUGGUUGAAUGAUAAGUUUCUACAAAUUCUCGUAUACAGAGAAUGUCUUCAUAAAUUUAUACAGGACAGUUUACAAGUGUGUGUGUUCCUACUGGUAUGCAAAAAUUCUAGUAGUGAAACAAAAAGGUGUAAUAAGCAUAUAUUUUAAUAUACAACAUUUACAUUUAUAGAUGAUUAGGUGAGUUUUUAAAACCUUUAGUCGAGUAUUUUAUAGAAAUACAAACAAAAAAGAAGCCCUAAGGUACACACAGUUCUUGCCUUAGUAGUUAAAUGUUACAACAGAGCCAAAGAGUUACAUGAGUCCCUUACAUUUUCAUAUUGUUACUUGUACCUAACUUUCUGUGAAGGGACAGUGCCAAAACUCUUAAUGACUUUUAAUGUAAUUAAAUUAUUAUAUUCUUUGUGUUCAAACACUUUGUGGCAACAACUCUAUGUUUAAAGUUCACAUCUAUGGAGCUCAACAAGUAAAAAACAAAAAAACCCUGAGAGGGAUAGCUUUACAAAGAUGCAUUCUUUUCCACAAGGAUGAGAAAUGGAAACACAUCUAUUAACUUCCUCAUAAAGAGAGAUUUUUAAAAUCCUCCCUGUUGAACAGAAUAAGCUGAUUCUGGACUCUACAGCACUUUUCUUUUAUAUAUAAGGUCCCAGUAUCCUUCUAAUGUUACUCAGUGCCAAGUGAACGCUCUGUUGAAAUCUCUCAAAUAUUGUCUGCCUUGAAGCUAGCACCAAAAUCUCUACCUGUCUGAAUUCUUUGGAGCCAAGCUUUCAGUCCCAGAGAAUUGUUUUGUUGUUUAAUGUACAUCUGCACAGAAAAAUGCUGUCAAAUAGAAUAAAAGAGGAGAGGUGAGUUCCAAGAGUUUACACUAAGCAGUGUAUGAAUAAAAAACUGAAAGUUUGAAGUAGUAGGGAUUGAGAUUCCUAAAACAGCAAAAAUACUGAGGGUGCAGCGGUCUCCCAUUUUAAAAUCACCUCCAAGUCCUUGAGUAAUAUUGCAAAAAGAUAAAGUAUUUAAUUGAAAUUAACUUCAAGAAAGUGUCAUAUUAUGACUU